ACGAGACAACACGCAUGUCUCUUAUUUGGAUCGUGACGUCACGAAAGAUCCACACGCGGUGUCCGUGCAGAGUUCAGCAAAUUUUAGAGGAGACUUUUUAACAGAAAAAACACUUAUGGCCUCUGAAGAUAAUGAUAACAGUGCCCCAGACUCCUGGGAACAAAGUCUGAAUGAUUCUCCUGAAAACGAAUCGAGUUUGGAUGAAUUAAAUUCUACUUUAUCUUACUUAAAUGUUAAUGCUGCAGAAUUCGUUCCUGGUCAAAAUGUACAUGCUCCUGAAUUCGUACCUUCGUUCAUGAAAGAUCCUGAAAGUCUACAAGAUGAUGAAAUGGAUGACAGCAAUGUUGCUGAUGACUGGGCUGACAAUGUUGAAGAUGAAGAGGAAGAAGAAAAGUCAAACAAUGCUGUUGAAACAAUGGAAGUUGAAAAUGUUUCCAUUAAACCAAAACGGAAAAACAAAGAUAUAGCAGCACCAAGUGUCAAGAAAGAACAUGUAAAUGUUAUUUUUAUAGGUCAUGUAGAUGCUGGAAAAUCCACAAUUGGUGGUCAUAUAAUGUAUUUGACUGGCAUGGUGGACAAAAGAACUCUUGAAAAAUAUGAAAAAGAAGCUAAAGAAAAGAAUAGAGAAACAUGGUAUUUAUCCUGGGCUUUGGAUACAAAUUUAGAGGAACGUGAAAAGGGGAAAACUGUGGAAGUUGGACGAGCAUAUUUUGAGACUGAAAAAAAACAUUUUACCAUUUUAGAUGCUCCAGGUCAUAAAAGCUUUGUACCAAAUAUGAUUGGUGGUGCUGCGCAAGCUGAUAUGGCUAUUCUUGUGAUUUCUGCCAGAAAGGGUGAAUUUGAAACUGGAUUUGAAAGGGGUGGACAAACAAGAGAACAUGCAAUGUUAGCGAAGACAGCUGGUGUGAAACAUUUAGUUGUUCUCAUAAAUAAAAUGGAUGACCCAACAGUAGAAUGGUCAGAAAAACGGUACAAUGAAUGUCAUGAUAAGCUUAUACCUUACCUAAGAAAAUGUGGCUUUAAUCCAAAAACAGAUAUUUAUUUUAUGCCAGUGUCAGGAUUAACUGGUGCUUUCCUUAAAGAUGUAGUAUCAGAAGAAGUGUGUCCAUGGUUCCGAGGGCCAGCAUUAAUCCAAUAUUUAGAUGAUAUGCCCUCACUAAACAGAGCUUCAGAUGGCCCUGUAAGGGUACCAGUUGUUGAUAGAUACAAGGAUAUGGGAACAAUUGUUAUUGGAAAGGUUGAAUCUGGCAGUUUAUCAAAAAAUCAAACUCUAUGCCUCAUGCCUAAUAAAGUUCCUGUUAAGAUUAUGCAGUUAUGGUCUGACGAUAUUGAAACGGAUGCCACUAGUGCUGGAGAAAAUGUAAAAAUAAAGCUUCAAGGGGUUGAAGAAGAGGAUGUCUCUCCAGGUUUUGUGAUAUGUUCUCCAGAUAAUGUAUGCCAUACAGGGAAAACAUUUGAUGCUCAGAUUGUCAUCUUAGAACACAAAUCUAUUAUUUGUGCUGGUUACAGUGCUAUUCUUCAUAUCCAUGCCUGUGCAGAAGAAAUAACAAUCAAACAUUUAUUAUGUUUGGUUGACAAGAAGACUGGUGAAAAAACUCAACUUAAACCCAGAUUUAUAAAACAAGACCAAGUUGGCCUUGCUCGAAUACAAGUAAAUGGUGGGAUGAUUUGCUUAGAAUCCUUCAAGGAUUUUCCACAAAUGGGACGGUUCACUCUUAGAGAUGAAGGUAAAACUAUUGCCAUUGGAAAAGUUUUGAAAGUUAUAAGAGACUAAAAUAGAAAAUAAGAAUACAUUAAUGUAUUUUGGAAGAACUUGGAAAGCCAACACUCAUAAAUUCCUGUUUUUGGAAUGGGAAUGUAUAUGAUGAAGUGGUACGCUAAUUGAAGACUGACAUGAACAAUGUAGCAAACAGCGAUGUUUGCAUAGUUAAAUUCAUGCAGGAGAGCAGUUUUUAUCUGCUGUCUGUUAAUAAAGAAAUAAUAAAGGAAAUUUAAAUUACUAUGAAUCCUUCCUAAAUUAAGACAUUUCUUUCUUCAGCACUCCCUCCCAUCCCCAUUCAUGCUUCCAGUCCUAAAUUUCAUUUGUAAGGUCUUUCAGCUUCUCAUUUCUUGUUUUAAAAAUGUACUACCAUUUCUAACAGUAACUUUACAGUACAUAAUUUUAUUAGGGGUAAUUUUAAUUUAAAGUAUUUUAAUUUGAUAAAUUAACUACUGUAGUAUACAAAAGCUGUUGCAAGUAACAUGUUUCAUGUAAUCUUUGUGAGAUCAAUACAAAAUUGCGUAAACAGCCAUAAAUUGACUUUUUACUAUUAGAUUGGAACAGGUGUUUUGAGAGCCAGACUACAAACUCUAUGGUGUCUAAUUUAGUGAGGUCCCGUGUGAGAUUAAAUCCUAUAAAGGUUCAUUUUUUAACUUUUAAUCCCUCCAGGAUCAGUUAGAUAUCUACCAGUUACAUUCUGAAGCUGAUGAAAAUGAACUGGGUAUCAUUAAAACAAACCUUGUGCCUGAUGUAAACAAUGUUUACUAGCAAAAUCUUCAAGGCUAUAAGCAGUAGUCAUUUUAAUCCCCAUUCUCUUUAAACAUGUUUUCAUUUGAUUACAUCAAAUACUCACUACAUGGGUUUUAUUAUAAAAUUUUUAGAUCCAAAAGCGGAUUAAUUUCAAUGACAGUUUUUAAGAUGCCUUUCUCAUCAAGAGGCUAAUGCUUCAAUUUGGUCUUCAGCUGGACUGCAAACCAUAGCAAGCCUUGCAAUUUUAUAUCCCCGUUUUUUUUUUUGUUUGUUUUUUUUUUAAACAUAUAUGCUUAGCAAGAAAUCUAAUGGGUUUCUAGUGGCUCUAUUGAAUGCCUAUGCAAAUUAUCCUGUUCCUUAUUCUUAUGUGCAAGAGAAGAGAUACAUUUAUUUUGAAACCUCCAUAAGAGUUUGUUUUCUUUCUGAAAUUAAUAUUGUUUGUUAACUGGUGAUAGCAGCAGUUGCAGGAGGUUUAUGAGUCUUUAUGAACUUGUUAUUAAAAAUUUGAGCUUCA